UCCCUAUAAAGCCCACAGUGUAUGAGCAGGGCUUCGAGAAGAUAAUGAAGAAGGAGCAGAACAAGGAGCAGGUCCCUCCCUCCAGCGCUGAACCCCAGAACCCCAAGAAGUCACCGCAGCCCAAGAGCUUCAAGAAGGCGUCAGGAGGGGGCGCUGCACCCACCAAAGGGAAAUAUACUACUCUAGAGGAGGCACUGCGGGCGCUGGACGUUGCGGAGUUGCAGAGGGCGAUGCAGAACAGUCAGAACAUGUUCCCUGAGAACCCUCAGAUCUGGGUGAAGGAUUUGGCCGGUUACCUGAACUCCAAGCUACAGACCACCAAGAACGAGGCGGUGCCGACCCACCAGUCCCACGAUUACCCAUACUGCCUGACGAGUAAGGAGCUGCGGGGCAUCGUGCGGGCGCUGCUGCUGAAGAUGCCCACCGUGCUGGAGAUGCUGGUGGACCACUGUCUGUUCGCAAUGAUGCAGGAGCUGGAUAAACCCUCAGCGGAGUCCGUCCACGGCUACAGGAUCUGUCUCCAGGCGGUUCUACUGGACAAACCCAAAACCGUCACCAACAACAUAAAGAAGUACCUGGAUAUGCUGCGGGCUCAGCAGAACCGGCCGGUGCGAUGUCUCACCUUGAUGUGGGCCGUGGGACAGGCGGGAUACACGGAUCUGACAGAGGGGCUAAAAAUCUGGCUCGGCCUCAUGUUUCCGGUCCUGGGGAUCAAGGCUUUGUCGCCCUUCGCCAUCUCCUACCUGGAACGUCUCCUGAGGAUGCAUUCUAAUCUCACCAAAGGAUUCGGAAUGAUCGGCCCAAAGGAUUUCUUCCCCCUCCUGGACUUUGCUUUUAUGCCAAACAACUCGCUGUCUGCCAGUCAGCAGGAGCAGCUCAGAGACCUGUAUCCCCGGUUGAAGGUUCUGGCAUUUGGCGCGACCCCACAGAACACGCUGCACACGUACUUCCCUUCCUUCCUGUCCAGAGCCACCCACAACUGCCCCGCCCCCAUGAAGAAAGAGCUUCUCCGCAGUCUGUACGAAUGUCUGAACCUUGACCCCCUGAGCUUCAGUGUGUGGAGGCAGCUGUACACCAAGCACCUAUCACAGUCCAGUCUGCUCCUGAAGCAUCUACUCAAAUCCUGGGACACGACCUCUAAACUGAUGAAGAAGUCUGUGCGGGAGACGGUUCAGUCCUUCCGUGUGACCAAUGAAGAGUUCUCCAAAAAAUCACCAAAUUCUAGAGAGGUGGAGCAGUGCGAGUCCACGUGUCAGGCUCUCCUGAAGAAGAUGAAGGGACGCGGAUUUCCAUGGUUCCGGAUUUUCCUGGUCGCCCUCGUCUUCGCCUCCGGCUUUGUAAUCCACGACGUUCGGACCCACGGCUCGUUCCACGCUUCCAGCACAGCCUCAGCGUUGCAGCAUACGGGGCUCACCCCUCUCGCCCAGCAGGCCUGGAGCAAAGGCUCGUAUGCGGCUCAGCAUUGUCACAGCUGGUUGGAGCGUAACGUUCCGGUGUAUUACGCGCAGGCGGUGGAAGUGCUGGGACCAGUCCUGGAGAUGAUGUGGGAGAAGAGUCGGGACGGAUUCAUACUGGUGACACAGAAAUGCUCCUCACAGCUGACCUACCUGAGGGACAACCUACCCUGGUUCAUCCAGUGGCUUCAGUCCCACACCCCGGACUCCGUCCUCCAUCUUCUCCAGUACCUGAGAGAACUCCUCGUCCUCCUCUACCACGAUUACCUCCUGCCUGCGGUGCAGUUCUGUGAGAGCGCCCUCCAGAGGACGUGGCAGCAUUACGUGGAUUCCUGCAAUGGCAAGGUGACGUGGGACUGCACGCGAGGUCACCUGACCAACAUCACCCAAUCCUCCUGGACGUUCCUACAGAACACAACGUUAGCGGUCAGAGACUGGGCCAUCGCGAUGGUCUCCAGUCACUAGAGCCCCCCAAAGCCAUAUCCCUUAAUGACUUUCAUCGGCUUCUCUCCCCCUCUGUUGGUGACCACAAAUCUGCAACGGGGACCGGUUCCAGGACCAUGGCUGGUGCAGAUGCAUCGGGAUCACACAUACCCCCCCUCUGAGUUUUGUCGUUCUUAUGUCAGGAGCCGCCGCCGCUCAGUGACUGAUGGGAAAUCUGCGCAUGACGUCCAGACGUCUUCCUGAUC